CCCUGCCAUUUUACACGAUGGCUCAGCUUUACACCCGAUAACUGAGCUCGACGGUGGCGACGCUCAGACGGCUGUCGCGUUCCGCCGCUUCUCCUCCAUCCGAUCGAGUUGCUGACACCUUCGCCGCCGGUAUUUUUUUAAUUUCUCACCCCCCACUCUCUCUCACGCGCACAUUUUUUGAUUUGGUCGCCAUAACCGCUUCCACUUGCCACGUUGGAGUACCUCCGCCGCCGCUGCUGCUGCUGCUAUAAGUUUAGUCAAUGGAAUCAAAUGAGGAGCAUAGUUUGAUGAUCGAAGAAAAUGAAUCAAAGUCAACUCUAAUCGAUCCGAAAAGACAUCGGUUUCCUUGUUGCAUUGUGUGGUCCCCACUUCCCGUGAUAUCCUGGUUUUUCCCCUGUAUUGGCCACAUCGGGAUAUGCAGGGAGGAUGGAGUCAUCUUGGAUUUCGCUGGGCCGAACUUCGUCUGUGUUGAUAAUUUCACAUUCGGUGCACCGACACGCUACAUUCAACUAACCAAAGAUCAGUGCUGUUCUUUUCUCGACUCAUCUUCACAUUUCCUUCAAGAAGAAUCGAUUCAAACUGGAGAAAGAAGAGAAGAAGUUGCGACGUGGGACGAUGCACUUCGCAAAAGCACACAAGAGUACCAACACCAGUCGUACAACAUCUUAACCUGCAACUGCCAUUCAUUUGUGGCCAAUUGUUUGAACAGGUUGAAGUUUCGUGCUGGAGAUUGGAACGUGGUAAGUUUGGCUGUUCUUAUUUUCAUCAAGGGUAAGUUUGUCAGCAAAACAGCUGUCGUGAAAACGUAUUUACCCUUUGUUGUGGUAUUUACACUCGGGCUUCUCAUUGGAGGAGAGGCAUUUCUCACUUAUUUGGCUCUCUUUAUUUUUGUUCUUGUAGGGUGGUUUAUUAUUGGUAGUUACUGCUUCAGGAAGUUGAUCUAUGUGUAAUAGCCUUAGUUUCAUUUGCUUCUUGACUGGUUUGUUGAUAUUUUCAACUAUAUGAUUAUGCAUUUGAUGAGGUCUUGUACUCUUGUUUGGCAA